UUUUUUUGGAGCUAAUGGUUUUAGGGUUUAGGGAUACUGGAUAUUUCAAACUAGCAUGAAUCUGUAGUUUGAGAAGAACUAACUUAGCAAAAAUAGUUGGGAUUGAGUGGAAUAAUACUUGCUAACUUCCAUUGCGUUCGACAGGGCACUCACUUUCGGUGUUGGAGCCGUCACCGAUACCUGCUUUGGAUUGGAAAUUGCGAACCACUGUGUGAAAUUAACAAGUUCUGGAAAGUAAGGUGGAGGUGAGUCUUUUGUUGGCGAAGGUUUUACAUAUUGGAAAGAUAAAAAAAAAAGGGUUCAUACUCAUGUUGGACUUCAUGAUAGUGCACCUAAUCAAGCUCGCAUUAAGUGUGAAGUGUUGAUGAAUCAAGAGCAACACAUUCAACCAGUUUUCUACAAACAGUCAGAACAAGCAAGAAGUGCAUAUGUUAUACGUCUUACUGCAUCCAUUGAUUGUGUUCGACUUCUUUUGCGACAAGAGCACUCAUUUCAAGGUCAUGAUGAAUAUGAGGAUUCUCUCAAUCCAGGUAACUUCUUAGUGCAAUUGCAAUUUUUGGCUGCUCAUAAUGAAGUUAUUAAUGCCGUCACAUUGGGAAAUGCUCCUCACAAUUGCAAAUUGACAUCACCCGAUGUGCAAAAGGAUAUAGUAAAUACUUGUGCUAUUGAAACGAUCAAUGUUAUUAUCAAAGAUGUUGGCGACUCACUAUUUUCUAUUCUAGCUGAUGAAUCUCGUGAUGUGUCAAUGAAGGAGCAAAUGUCUAUUAUUUUAUGUUAUAUAGACAAUAGUGGGCAUGUCAAUGAACGCUUCAUAGGGAUUGAACAUGUUACAAGUACCACGGCUCUAUCACUUAAGGCUGUAAUUAAUAAGGUAUUUUCUAGAUAUAACUUGAGCAUGUCUAGAUUGAGAGGACAAGGUUGUGAUGGAGCAAGUAAUAUGCAAGGUAAGUUUAAUGGUUUGAAAACACUCAUUUUGAAGUAGAGUCCAUAUGCCUUUUACAUUCACUGUUUUGCUCAUCAACUCCAACUUGCACUUGUGGCUGUGGCAAAGAAGAACAUCUCUAUUACUAACUUCUUUCGUGUGGUUGGGGCAUGAUAAAUACUGCUGGAGCAUCUUCCAAACGUUGUGAUCUUCUUCGAGAAAAACAAUUAGACUUUAUUGUUGAAGCAUUGGAAAAAGGUGAGAUUUUAAGUGGACGGGGACUUAAUCAAUAAACGACCUUUCAGUGCUCUAGUGAUACAUGAUGGAGUUCACAUUAUAAUUCUUUGGUCAACUUGCUUGCCAUGUUCUCUUCUGUUUUAGAUGUACUUGCAAUGAUUGUUGAAGAUGAAUCUUGUUCUUAUGAUCAAAGAUCUGAUGCAACAAAUUUAUUG